AUGCCACUGGCCAUCUCACAGCGCUUGAGCAGCCUUAGCCUGACCGGGAUUACGAGCCUGCCUGACGAACAGCUUUCCAAGCUUAUCGCAAGCUGCAAGAAUCUUAGGUCUCUGUACAUUGCCAAAUGCCACAUUUCCCACAUCUCAUUUGCCUUGUCGAACCUGGAGCUUCUAUCUGUGACACACUGCCAGCAACUUACGGACCAGUGUGCCACCGAGAUUUUGUCUCCUGUGAACAACCCGCGCCUUCGUUUCGUUGACCUGUCCGAAUGUCGGAGCUUGACGGCCCCAACUGUGGAGCAUCCAGAGAUGGAGAUCGCUUGGUUGAUGCACUGCCCGCAGCUCACAGGGCAGAGUCGAGAUCCCAGGUUCCGGAGCUGCACAGCACUGACCGCUGUCAACCUGGUGCCGACCUUCUGUUAUCACCCUCACAUUGCGAACACUUAUGAACAGUUCUAA